CAGAGUUUGAAUCGUAAUUGUGGGGGGGGGCGGGCACCGCACCGUGACUCUGCCAGAGACGUGAUCAUCCUCAUGCUCACCACCACCACCAUCAUUCGCUUCUAGGUCUGCAACCCGCCAGCUUCAUCGCAUCCAACCAAGCAGUAGACUUGGCUGUCAGGCGUGAUCGACUACGCUUCACACAGACACAGCACCUCUUUCCCUUGUCCAUCCGCAAUUCAAACUCGGUGAACUGUCGCCAUGCCGUCCCAAGCAUUGCCAGAGGGAGGUGCAUCGAGCUCGGCAGGAUCCAAGUUGUACAUCAAUCUUCGCAAACAGGUCAAAUACCUGCUCAUUGGCGGAGCGGGCGUGUGGUACUGGCAAACGUACAGCCAUUGGUCAGACUGCUGGAACGGCGGUGGAUGGCCAGGCACUUUGGCACUGCUGGCCGCUGUGCAAUUGACCGCCACUGUGCUCAUCUUUAGCUACCUGAUGCUCGUAUCUGCGAGCGGCAAUGCUCCCGAUUACCAGAGAUGGCAGACUGAUGCGCUGUUGAAGAACAUCAUUCCGCUGCUCACCCUGUGUCUGGUUGGCGGUUACUUGAGCUUGGCACUAUCCAUCAGUCCAGCCGUAGCCCCCGCCCCACCUUCCGAUGCUCUGUCUUCGAGGCUGCUGGACGCCGCAAAUUCGCUGGGUGCAAAUCUUUCCACAGCGCGCGCAGGCGCACAGCUUCUGCUUUCGGACCUGACUCGGACAUUGGGCUUGAAGAGCUCCUCCAUUCCUGCUCCCUCGACAUCCUCGUCCAUCGCUUCCAAGCUGUCCACCUUCCGCUUUCGAGGGUCAGCCUUCUCUUCAUCAGACAGCGGGACAGAUCUGGAUGUUUCUUCCCUCCUGAAAGCCUUGAGGGUCCCAGACGGAGAAGCGUUGGCUGCUCGGCUAGGCGUCGACCCAACGCUGUCCAAGACGCUCCUGAGCAAUCUGGAUAGAGCUCAAAGAAGAGCUCAAAGGUGGAAGGUGGAGAAUAUUCGGACGAUCGGUUGGGUAGGAGCUUUUGCGGGAUCUGCCAGCGUCUACUUUUUAGCUUUGGGGGCCGUUGGCUUCGUUGGUGCUUUUGCUGGACCUGCCAAGAGACUGGGAAGAAGGGGAAAAGACAGGCAGGCCUGAAUAUGCACUCGGAAUUGGGUGUCUGCGCGCCCGAGAUGCAAGACUUUGGAUCGCGCACUGCUCCGCAUCCGCCUCGACAUCCAUGCCGUCACCUCGCACCAUCCACACGCGAGACGUAUCCAGCGAGCGCGACGAGAGGGAAUGAUCGAGAUGAAUGCCCUCUGUCAAUCCCGAGUCUAUCUGUGUAUCUACUUUUGAUGCUGCUGCUGCAACUGGUCUUGUCUAAUGGGUAUGCACG